CCACACAGCCUGUUUUCAUAUUAUUUGAGAAAAAAGGCAUUUCUUAUUAGUACUGUAUGUAUUAGUAGGAAGAAAAAGAAAACAAUUCUUUGCCAGGAACGCAAGAAAGGGAAGACUCAAUCAAAGCCAUCGUCUUUGUCAACUUCCUUUGGCUGUUGGGCUUCCAAUAUCAUUGUUAGGGUUCUUUUUUCUUUCUGCACAGGAUUUAAAUGAAAGAUCUCUCAUUAUGUAUAUAAUAUCCGGAAAAAUGAAGUUCACUGUCUGAUCUUCUGGAUUUCCGCUAUAUAAUCCCCCUCUUUCAUUUUUUUUUCUUUAAUAAAUCACCUCUUCGGAAUUACAGUGAUCUGAUUGUGUUGGGUGGUGAUGCUUCUGCUCGUUCACCAAAGCAAUACUGUGUCAGUGAUCUCUUCCAUCCAUGGGCGAGUGGGUAGUUGGAGCCGUUAUCAACUUGUUUGGAAGCAUUGCCAUUAACUUUGGAACCAAUCUCCUCAAGUUAGGUCAUGAUCAGCUCUAAUGAAUCAUAAGUGUUUCAGAGGGAGAAGCACUCUGUGCUGGGUAAUGAGGGAACAGAUGUAAAGGCUACGAUGAAGCCAAUUAUAUACUUCCAAACAUGGAGAGUUGGUAUUCUAUUCUUUGCUAUAGGAAAUUGUCUCAAUUUCAUUUCAUUUGGAUAUGCUGCUCAGUCACUUCUAGCAGCUUUGGGAUCUAUACAAUUUGUCUCAAACAUCGCUUUUGCCUACUUUGUUUUGAACAAAACAGUGACAAUCAACGUACUGGUAGCCACUGCCUUUAUUGUUCUUGGAAACAUCUUCCUUGUAGCCUUUGGCAACCACCAGUCACCUGUUUACACGCCGGAGCAGUUGGCUGAGAAGUACAGCAACAUUACGUUUCUUCUUUACUGUCUCACUCUGGUCUUAGUUGUUGCUUUACAUCAUUCAAUAUACAAGAGAGGAGAACUAAUAUAUGCUGUCCCUAUGAAUGAAAGUAAGCCAUAUUGGCACAUGCUGCUUCCGUUUUCAUAUGCAGUUGUUUCAGGUGCUGUUGGAUCAUGUUCGGUAUUGUUUGCGAAGUCUCUUUCAAACAUGUUAAGAUUGUCUAUGUCAAGUGGUUAUUCAUUGCACAGCUGGUUCACGUAUUCCAUGCUCCUGCUAUUUCUUAGUACAGCUGGAUUUUGGAUGGCAAGGUUAAAUGAAGGACUUUCGCUCUUUGAUGCAAUGCUUAUUGUCCCUAUGUUUCAAAUCACUUGGACGUUUUUCUCAAUAUGUACAGGAUUUGUGUACUUUCAGGAAUACCAGGUCUUUGAUGCUUUAAGAACAACAAUGUUUAUUCUUGGAAUGAUUUCUGUGUUUGUGGGCAUUUCUUUGCUUGCGCCAGAUGAAUCAAAAGGAGGUGAAGUGAAGGAAGGUUCUUUAGUUUCAACAACUUCAAAUCUGUCGCAGGAUGAGGAGAGGCUGUUAAUGCCAACUGAAGACUCCCAAAUUAAGGAUAUAAGAUCAUUUGGACGAGUUAUGCUGAUGAAAGCUGCUAAUAUGAUUGUCAAGGCAAAGGCUGCAUGUUCAGUAUCACUAGGCUUUGGAGAAGACUCGCUUCAUGCAUCUUCAGUGCUAGUGAUGCCCAUGGUUUCAUCGAAAAUAACAGGCUUCCGAGGAGGUGGCCUUGAUCGGGCUAAACUAUUAUCUGCUCGAGGACAAGGUUGGAACAAAUUCGCAGUAGAUAAGCAUGGUGAGACAAUGCUGGAGACAACUGCAAUGCUGCCCCAAGGUAUCAACUUGGACUAGGAGGCGUGGCAUUGGUCUGUGGAGACGGACAUGACAAUGGUGGUUAUUUCUUCCUCUUUAUGGAGAAUAUUCAAGGGUGUCUUUAAUUCCCAUUUACUAAUUAUACGCUUAAUUCAACCCAUAGUCUGUUAGAAGGCAGCAGAUGCUGGGACGGGGAGGGGAACAGGAUAUGUUUUAGAGGUAGAGCUAGCUAGCCUGAUUUGGAAGGGGAAUGUACUACGUUGAUGAAAGCAUUGUGAUAGAAUAUUUGUUUCUCUUUUUCAUUUUUUUUAAUAGAGGCAACUAAUAAUAAUCGUAUAAAUUGUUUUGUAGUUUACGAGAAACUAUGCCGGACUGUGAGGCAAGAUAUGGACACUUCUGCACUAGCUGCUGGCAGUUGAUA